AAUAAAGUGAUUGAUUGACUUUCCUUGGCUCCCGUAUAUAUAUUUCACUGGCACCAAUCUCAUCCAUCAAUUCGCCGAAAUCCGAUCAUUGUACCUAUCAUGAACAAACCUGCAUCCCCCGAUCAAACAAUCAUGGCGGAAGACGUCCUGCCCUGCGUAAAGAUCCUCGUAAUAGGAAAUGGAAGCGUUGGAAAAUCGUCAAUGAUUCGGCGAUUUUGUAAAGGCGCCUACAAUGAAAAUUAUAAAAAGACCAUAGGAGUGGAGUAUUUAGAGAAAGAGGUGGAGAUUGAUGGCUAUGGAGAUGUUAGGCUGAUGCUCUGGGAUACUGCUGGGCAGGAAGAAUUUGAUGAGAUCACAAGGGAAUAUUACAAAGACACCGAUGCUGUGGUACUAGCAUUCUCAACGGACGAUCGGCCAUCAUUCGAAACCGUGAAGUCAUGGUGCUCGAAAAUCAAGACAAUUUGUGCUGACGUCUCCAUGGUUCUCGUGCAGAACAAGAUUGAUUUGAUACAGCAGGCUGCCGUUUCCUCGCAGGAAGCGGAAGCCUUGGCACGGGACUUGCGCAUGCGACUAUUUAGGGUAUCAGUCAAGGAGAGUUUGAAUGUAGAAGAAGUUUUCACAUAUCUUGCCCAAAAGCAACUGGAAAAAGAGCGAGAGAAGCGGCAGAUGGCCGCAGCAGCAGCCAAAGACGUUUCUGAUGAUGAUAUUAAAUCACGACCACAAAGCGGGCGCUUCAAAGACUCAAAAAAUACUUCAGAUAGACGAGUGACAAGUGCACGACCACCACAUAUGAUUGGAAAGAAGGAUAAUUGCAUAAUUUCAUAAUAAG